AUGGCUUCCUUUCGCUUCCUUGUAUUACUUCUGGUUAGUUUGACGGCUACCGCUCACGGUUGUAUUGAUUGUAACAAGCAGCGUCCUUCAUUUGGUACUAAAUGUUGUGAUCCACACUAUUAUGAAAUACCAACUGAGAAGUUAUCCGACGUGUACAAGCCUUUGGUUGAGAAACCACCGGUUUACAAGCCAUCAGUAGAGAAAUCAAAUGAAUACAAACCACUAGUUGAUAAUCACCCGGCUUACAAGAUACCACUCGAGUCCCCGUUUUACAAAUCAUCUAUAAAGAAACCUCCGGUGUACAAGCCUUUGACCAAAGCCACCAACUUAUAA